AUGCUACAUCAUCCUGAAAAUAAUCCUCCUGAUGGCCUUCAAGAACAUAGUAACUAUCCAAUUUUCACUGUGCCCAAUGACACCAAUGAAGAUCUGCACAUCAACUUAGAUGAUCAUGGACCAUCUGAGUUGGUCACAAUUCUUACCAAAAUGCAUCAGGAGGAGAAAGAUUACUCAAAUUUGCUUGAAAAGUUAAAUGUCAAGCAUCACAAACCUCUUCUUUUGAUGUACACUUGUGCACAUCAGGGGAAAAAGAUUAUUUCAAAACACCUUAAAGAUUUUGAUGAUUUUGAAGUUUUCUUGAAAGCAUUUGGACACCAAGAAAAGAAAGCUGUUUUAGACCUGUAUCCAGCACCAAAUGUUCUCCUUGAGAAAUAUCCAGCUGUUUGGAAGCUAGAGAAUAUAGUCUUCCCAACUUUUAUUCACAAACUUGAGUGGUUCUAUUAUUGGUUUGAUCAGGGAAACAUUCAUACUUCUUUUUCAACUCAGGAUCUUUCAACUUUGAGGCAUUCAGCUUACAGUUUUUUCAAAAGUUGGGCAGAAAAAGUAUCAUCUUUGUUUCAUGAAACACUCAAGAACUUCAUUCUCAAAACACAGAAUCAUAGAAUAUCUCAUUUUGGAAAUAGUUUUGAUCCUCAGGAUCACACUCAGGUCAUACUUCAACUAGAAUAUGGACCAUCCAGCACAAAUUGGGAGACCCUCUCUUGGGAGCUGUUAAGGAAGUGGCUUCUCAUCAAUCACUUUGAUCUGUAUCAGAUUCUCAAUUCAAGGAUUACAAGAUUUAAGCAACUCCAUGGGAAGUCCAUCAAUCAAUCGAUCCAUCUUGAUAAGCUUGAGCAUAUUGAUUACACAAGUUUUUGCAAGAAGGUUUGUGAUUUGAUUCUUCUUGUUAUCACAAUGUCAGCCUAUCUAGAAAUUGAAAAGCUUUUUCCUUUUAAUCCCUCAACAGUACAACUAUCCACUUUUGGGUAA